AUGUCCUCUGCACAAGACGAAUUCGAUCGCCUCAUUCAGGCUAAUAGAGAUUCAUCCCGCACUCAUCCUGAAGACCGUGAUCAAUCUGACGGCGACUCCUCCCCCGCCAACCACAACAACAACGACGCAGCAGACGACGACCAGUACGAACUGUCAGACGCCGAUUCAGAUUACGCCGACGACAUAAAAAAAGACGGCAACAUGGUUUCUCGUACAGCCGCCUACACCGUCCCCUCGACAGUCUUUGAAGCCAAUACCGGCCCUAAGGGUGUCAUCGCAGAUGCGCAAUCGUUUGAGCGUGCACGCAAGAAGUCGUUCCGUAGGACACUACUUAGUGCCGCGGGCCUCGAUUCGAAUUCUAGAUUAUUUGGCGGAAACGGCAGCAGCAACAAUAACAACAACAUCACACAACAUAGCCAGACAUCGAGCAGUCCGCCUAGCGACGAAGAAGAUGAGUUUAUGCGUCGCUGGCGAGAGUCGCGAUUGCAGGAAUUGCAGGAGCGGAGUCAGAGGAGACCCAGUCCCUCAAAAAGGGUUUAUGGGCGCGUUGAUACGGUCGAUGCGGAGGGGUAUUUGAAUGCGAUUGAGCGCGUUGCGUCGGAUACCGUAGUUGUCGUUUGUAUUUAUGAUCAUGAGUCAUCCGUCAGCGCCCAAGUCGAAGACGCAAUUGAAGUCGUCGCGCGCAAACAUAUCACAACGCGAUUCAUCAAACUGCACCAUGAGAUUGCUGAAAUGAGCCACAUUGAUGCGCCGGCUUUGCUGGCCUAUAAAGCUGGUGAUGUCAUCAGCACGCUUGUCGAUAUUCCGAGACAGAUUCCGCGCGGAGGCAAGAUUAGCUCGAUUAGUAUUGAGGAUUUAUUGAAGCAAAAUCGGGUUCUUUAA